UCUCAACCCCUUAACACUUAUUGCGAAGGAUUAGUGGGAUGCUAGCUCUACCUUCCUCUUCUUCAUCCAACUCUAUUACAUUCUAAUUAUUUUACAUAUAUAUAUAUAUAUAUAUAUAUAUUAUAAUUAUUAAUCAAUCAAUUAUUUCCCAUUAGUCCUUGAACAACUUUUUGUCGUUUGUUCUUUUCCAAGAAUCCAAACACCUUCUGGGCAUCUUGCAUUUCUGCGUUUCUUCCUGAAACAGAUUCAACUUCACACUGGUCUGAAUCUAUUCUGCACUUGCUUGUUUUGAACUUGUACAAGUGCCAAUAUCAUGUAAUAAAAUUUGUUUCUUCUCCUUAAUUUGGACGUCAUUACUUUCUUAUUAGCUUGGGAAAAUGGCAAAACCGCCUCAGGAAUAUCCAUAGCGGGGUGGGUUGAAUUGAAGCUAGUUUCUCAUUAUCCUUAAUCAGUAUUCUGCUACAACUUCCCUCUUGAGGCCAUUUAACAUAGAAAAACGUUUGUAAGACACAAGAUAUGGAAGAGACUUUUGUGCCAUUUCGUGGGAUCAAGAAUGAUCUUAAAGGAAGGUUGAUGUGCUACAAGCAGGAUUGGACUGGUGGCUUCAGCGCGGGCAUCAGGAUAUUGGCUCCCACAACAUAUAUAUUCUUCGCGUCUGCAAUCCCCGUCAUUUCCUUUGGCGAACAGCUGGAGCGAAAUACUGAUGGAGUUUUGACAGCCGUUCAAACCUUAGCAUCUACAGCGCUCUGUGGGAUCAUACAUUCAAUCAUUGGUGGUCAACCAUUGCUGAUUCUAGGAGUUGCUGAGCCGACUGUGAUCAUGUACACAUUCAUGUUUAAUUUUGCUAAAGAAAGACCAGAACUGGGUCGGAAUCUGUUUUUAGCAUGGACGGGAUGGGUAUGUGUGUGGACUGCACUCUUACUGUUUUUGCUGGCUAUAUUGGGAGCUUGUUCCAUUAUCAAUAGAUUCACCCGUGUCGCAGGGGAAUUGUUUGGUCUCCUUAUUGCAAUGCUCUUCUUGCAGCAAGCAAUCAAGGGACUGGUGGAUGAAUUUCUCAUUCCAAAACGAGAGAAUCCGAAUUCAUUAGAGUUUGUACCUUCUUGGAGGUUUGCAAAUGGAAUGUUUGCUUUGGUCCUCUCAUUUGGCCUUCUUCUCACUGCACUAAGAAGUCGAAAGGCAAGGUCAUGGCGUUACGGCUCUGGUUGGCUUCGAAGCUUCGUAGCAGACUACGGCGUGCCACUUAUGGUCCUAAUCUGGACAGCCAUUUCAUACAUACCAACCAGUAGUGUUCCAAAAGGGAUCCCAAGGCGCCUCUUUAGCCCCAAUCCAUGGUCGCCAGGUGCAUAUGAGAAUUGGACUGUGAUCAAGGACAUGCUCAAUGUUCCUGUUCUGUAUAUUAUAGGAGCAUUCAUUCCAGCAUCAAUGAUUGCUGUCUUAUACUACUUUGAUCACAGUGUGGCAUCCCAACUUUCUCAGCAAAAAGAGUUCAAUUUGAGAAAGCCAGCAUCUUACCAUUAUGACUUGCUUCUUUUGGGGUUCCUGACCUUAUUGUGUGGUCUCAUUGGAAUCCCUCCAUCAAAUGGGGUAAUUCCACAGUCUCCAAUGCACACAAAGAGUUUGGCUACUCUAAAACACCAGUUGCUUCGCAACCGACUAGUUGCUACAGCACGCAGAAGUAUGAGAAAAAAUGCUAGCUUGGGACAACUGUAUGGGAAUAUGCAAGAGGCCUAUCAACAAAUGCAGACUCCUUUGAUAUACCAGGAGGCCUCAUCUCGGGGGCUAAGGGAUCUUAAGGAAUCAACCAUUCAAGCGGCUUCUAGUAUGGGUAAUUAUAUUGAUGCACCAGUUGAUGAGACAGUCUUCGAUGUUGAGAAGGAGAUUGAUGAUCUACUGCCAGUUGAAGUGAAAGAACAGAGGGUCAGUAACUUGCUUCAAGCUGCAAUGGUAGGAGGAUGUGUUGCAGCCAUGCCCUUCCUCAAAAUGAUCCCAACCUCAGUCCUCUGGGGCUACUUUGCUUUCAUGGCCAUUGAAAGCCUUCCGGGUAACCAAUUCUGGGAAAGGAUCUUGUUGCUCUUUACCGCCCCAAGUAGGAGAUACAAGGUCCUUGAAGAGUACCAUGCCACAUUUGUUGAAACUGUGCCUUUCAAGACAAUUGCAACUUUUACACUCUUUCAAUUGGCCUAUUUGCUCAUAUGUUUUGGACUUACUUGGGUUCCAAUAGCUGGCCUUAUGUUUCCGUUAAUGAUCAUGCUUUUGGUCCCUGUUAGACAAUAUUUUCUGCCCAAGUUUUUCAAAGGAGUACAUCUUCAAGACUUGGAUGCAGCAGAGUAUGAAGAGGCACCGGCUUUACCCUUUAAUCUAGCAACGGAGGCAGAACUAGGCUCAGGAGCAACUUAUGCAGGGGACAGUGAAAUCUUAGACGAAGUUAUUACUAGAAGUCGCGGUGAGUUCAGGCAUACAAGCAGCCCAAAAGUGACAAGCACUAGUUCAACACCAGCAAAUGCUCCUAAAAUCGUUGAGAGCCCUCGGUUCUCCUCCAACAGUCCACGUGUGAGCGAACUGAAAGGAGAGCAAAGUCCUCGAUCUGGUGGAAGAGAGCAAAACAGCCCAAGGGGUGGGGAAGUGAGGCUAUCUAAAUUGGGGAAAAGUCCUCUAAACACAACAACAAAGUAGCUAGCUUGUACCAAUAUCAUUAAUUUGGUCACCCCUGUUCACAAGUUUUAGCGGCUUGCACUUUAAAUUUUAUUUCCCUUUUUUUUUUUUUUCCUUUUUUUUCGUUUAAUUAAUGUUUGUAUGGUUGCUUGUAGAAAAUCUUUUAUUGUGCUCCCAGCCUCUUGGUCAGAGGAGAUUUGUAAGCAUAGCUUUUUGCGUUUGUUAAUUUCCUUUGUAACAAAUAUUAGUAUCAGUCUUGUUAAUUCUACGAGUUGAUAUCAAUUACUUGCCUGUUUCUCCUUGUAAAAGUGUAUAUGAAUUACUUAAUUUGCGGUGUCGGGUGAAAAACCCUGUCCA